CCAAGGGACUGUCAUGGAACAUGGGCAUGGAAGCUUUUCUCCAGAACUCCACUAACUUCAUCCUCAUAGGCCUCAUCACCCACCCUGCCUUCCCCGGGCUUGUCUUUGCAAUAGUCUUCUCCAUCUUUGUGGUGGCUAUAACUGCCAAUGUGGUGAUGAUUCUGCUCAUCCAUGUGGACUCCCGCCUCCACACGCCCAUGUACUUCUUGCUCAGCCAGCUGUCCAUCAUGGAUACCAUCUACAUCUGUGUCACUGUCCCCAAGAUGCUCCAGGACCUCCUGUCCAAGGACAAGACCAUUUCCUUCCUGGGCUGUGCAUUUCAGAUAUUCCUCUACCUGACCCUGAUGGGAGGGGAGUUCUUCUUGCUGGGUCUCAUGGCCUAUGACCGGUACGUGGCUGUGUGCAACCCCUUGCGGUACCCUCUCCUCAUGAACCGCAGGAUUUGCCUGUUCAUGGUGGCCGGCUCCUGGGUGGGUGGUUCCUUGGAUGGGUUCAUGCUGACGCCUGUCACCAUGAGUUUCCCCUACUGUGGAUCCCGAGAGAUCAAUCACUUUUUCUGUGAGAUUCCAGCUGUGCUGAAGUUGUCCUGCAUAGACACGUCGCUCUACGAGACCCUGAUGUAUGCCUGCUGCGUGCUGAUGCUGCUCAUCCCUCUGUCCAUCAUCUCUGUCUCCUAUACCCACAUCCUCCUCACCGUGCACCGCAUGAGCUCUGCUGAGGGCCGGCGCAAAGCCUUUGCUACAUGUUCCUCUCACAUGAUGGUGGUGAGCAUCUUCUAUGGGGCAGCCUUCUACACCAACGUGCUGCCCCACUCCUACCACACUCCAGAGAAGGACAAAGUUGUGUCUGCCUUCUACACCAUCCUCACCCCCAUGCUCAACCCACUCAUCUACAGCUUGAGGAAUAAAGAUGUGGCUGCCGCGCUGAGGAAAGCACUAGGGAGAUGGGGCCCCUCCCAGAGAAUCCAAGUGGCCAAUAUGAUCAGGAAGAACUAGUGGGGGGCUGAGUACAAACAUGUGGCCAUACACAGCUAUUCCAGAAAAUACGGUAUUCGUUCUGAAGAAUUUUCAGUGUCAUUUUUAGCAAUGCAAAUAUAUAAACAGGCAAAAUGAUCCUUGUGCAAGGAUUAUCUAGGACCAAUAGCAAGGUUGGCGAGAACCUCUGCAUUAGCCAAUUUGUUCUGCUGGAUUCACCACGAAAUAUUUCCAGAGGGAAUUCUCAGUGAAGUAGCCCUAUGAACCGUUCAUGGCAAGCCAAGCAGCCCUUUGAAGUGCCCUGAACAGGUAUUUUUAUGUGUUACAUGUGGUCAUCUGUCCUUCGUGUCUGCAUUGCCAGCCAACUUUUGGAUGGAAAUUGCAAGGAGCAUUUGCCACCUCCUUGAUGAUUUAAUUUAAAACAUUCAAUAUGAAUAAAAUGUUUUCCAGUGCUGAUAGUGUAGCAGUUUUAUUUAGAAAACUUUUAUGAAGGUGAUACUAUUGUAUUUUGGGUUCUGUAUUCUUAAUUACAUUUUAUGAAUGUUUUUAUUUUAUCUCUUACCUCUGAAAUUAUAAAUACUUGCCAUGCCUUUAUUCACAUGGAGUCCAAUAUAUUCCUGGAAAUUAAUAAAUAUCGAUUGACUGAUUGAAAAUUGACUAUGCCAUUAAGAUUAUUACAUGGCCACACCCACAAAGCUGCCAUUUACACUUGAAUAAAAUAGUAAUAGAGAAAUAUAGAGUGAAUAAACCAAGACAUGUCUUUAGCUAACUUAUUUCCCUUGGAAUAAGUUGAUCAGUUUUCUUAUUCUUGACAUCUCCAUUGAUAUGCUAAAGAAAAGUAUUUCUUUUGUAAUUAGUUAAAGUGUGGUGCUUUGAUAAUUGUGCAACUUUGGUGGAAUUCUAACUAAGCAAAGACCACACUGACUUUUCCACCAUCUGCUUAACUUUAGCUUCUCCUGUGUGUAAGGUCUUGAUAUAUGAGAAAUAAAAAAUAAAUAUUGAUGGACCUGGUGUUUAUUUUCUUUAUUGAUACAAGGUUUAGAAAAUAUCAGACAAAGUUUUGAGUGGUUACAAGUAAAGACUAAGAAAAGGUUAUUCAGACUUAUGUUAUCCUAGUGUCAACUCAGAGAUAGAAGGAAAAACUUUCCUCCAUUGUUGCUGAUGAAGAUAAAGAAUAGUCCCUUCAAUAUACUAAUCCCUAGGUUGUUUUUGAUUCAGAAGUUUCCUAAUAAUUUGAUCUUUACCCUGAAAUCAAACAAACAAACACAUAGAAAAGAGAUGGAAGAAUGUCCUGGAGGUAUUAAUUCCUCUAAGUGCAAAAACAGACCAGGAUUCAUUUCUGAAAUAUCCUCAAAGUUAUUUCAAUUCAGUUCCAUUCACUUUUAAUUCCUUUGUGUCUCUGCACUGAUGCCUUCCCUCUUCUCCAUUCUCCUGCCUUAGUGAGCACCCGUCCUGAUCUUUCUUCCCUCUACAAAUCUCCUUCAAUUCCUAUUGCAUUUUUGCUCUAUCCUGGGACAUUGGUGUUUUCUUUCCCGUUUCCUCAGUUGCUAUAUAUUAAAAUAUAAUAGGACUU